AUGGGUGAUACAACAAGCAGUUCAAUCUCGCUCACUGCCGCCGAAUUGGAACAGAAACUCUCUGAUUUUCAGCUAGAUGAUAUUCUCAGCUGUACUAAGAUUGAACCCACAUUAACGUUAGCCAAAUUCAAAGAUGUAGAACUCGAUGAUCUUGAUGAUCAAAUCGCCUUAAAAUUAAACGAAUUGAAGAAACGAUGCCCUACCUUCUCACAAAGUCAAGACUCUGCACCCUCUAAUUGGAUACUCAGACAGGAGAAUGUACCAAAUGAUGAUGAAGCAACGGGCAAACGGAGGUGGCUAGUGACGAGAAACAUUGAAAACGAUGUCGAGUUAUCUAUUGAUGUAAGCAACCCUAAUGUCUCUUCCCUUCUGUUGCUAAUCAAGGGAACUCAUGUCGUUUGA